AUGGCAGGUGUCCGCGACCCGGCCUUCUGGCGCCGAUUUUCGAUGGCGGUACACAUGGAUGAAGAGAAGGGGAACAUGUCUGACUCGAGGUCUACAUCUACUUCAUCGUCCAACGGCGGAUUAAAACAUACUGCCACAUGGCUCGAACGAAAUCGAAAGAAGCAAAGAAGAACGAGAAUCGUAGGCUGGUUAAUAGCUCUGAGUUUCCUUAUUGUUAUUGCCGCCGUCGUCCUGGUCGUGUUAUGGUUUUUGAAUGUCGGUCCGUUCAAAAACUAG